AUGUCCAAUUUCACUGUCGUCGACGACUUCACGCACAUCAUCGCCGGCGCCAAAGCGCGCUCGCCCACCACCGUGCCCGUUCUCAACCCCGCAACCGCCCAGCCCUUCACUCACGUCCCGCUCGCGACCCACGCCCAGCUCAACGCUGCCGUCGCCGCCGCCGAGGCCGCCUUCCCCGGCUGGGCCGCGACUCCCUGGAGCACGCGCCAGCAAGCGCUCCGCAGCCUCGCGGACGCGCUCGACUCGCACCGCGACGCGUUCGCCGCGCUCAUCGCGAAGGAGAUCGGAAAGGACCAAGGCAGCGCCGCGUUCGAGGUCGCAAUCUCGGUGCCGUGGCUCCGGACGGUGGCAGAGCAGACCCUGGAGGACGAGACGGUGUCCAAGCAGCCCGGCAAGAUCGCCACGAACCGGUUCCGGCCGUACGGAGUGUGCGCGGGGAUCGUCCCCUUCAACUUCCCUCUAACGCUCACCAUCAUCAUCAAGUUCUCGCAAGCCAUCCUCGCCGGCAACUGCCUGAUCGUGAAGACCCCGCCGACGGCCCCGUGCGUGGUUGCGAAGUUCAUCGAGCUUGCCCAGUCUGUCCUCCCACCUGGGGUCGCAUCGGUCCUCCUGGGAGGCGACGAACUCGGCCGAUGGGUGGUUCGGCACCCGCGCAUCCUGCGCGUGUCGUUCACGGGUUCGACCCCCGCGGGCAAGGCCGUCAUGGCGGAGGCCGCGACGGAGCUCAAGGCGCUCACGCUCGAGCUCGGUGGAAACGACCCCGCGAUCGUGCUCGAAGACGUCGACCCCGCCGAGGUCGCGCAGACGAUCGCGCAAGGCGCGCUGCACAACGCCGGCCAGACGUGCUUCCAGAUCAAGCGCGUGUACGUGCACGACGCCGUCUACGACGCCGUGAAGCGCGAGCUCGUCUCGCUCGUGCAAACCAUGCUCGUGGGCGAUCCGGCGGACCCACAGGUCGUGGUCGGACCGGUGCAGAACGAGGCACAGCAUGCGCGACUGACGGAUCUGCUCGCGGACUGCAAGGCACAUGGGUACAAGAUCGCCUUUAAGAGCGAAGUCCCGACCGACACCAAGGGCUAUUUUAUCCCGGUCGUCAUCUUCGACGACCCACCCGAAGAUUCAAGGAUUGUCCGCGAAGAGCAGUUCGGGCCGUUCAUUCCACUGAUGCGAUGGAAGGACGAGGAGGACGUACUCCGGCGAGCCAACGGCACAGAGUACGGAUUCGGCGCGAGUGUCUGGGGGCGCGACAUGGCCCGGUGCAAGCGCAUGGCGGACGGGCUUCUCAACGGGAUGGUGUGGGUCAACACCUGGGGUGCGGUCGGAGGAGACAUGCCGAUGGGUGGUGUCAAGCAUUCCGGCAUUGGCACAGAGAACUCGAAGCACGGACUCACGGCGUGGACGUAUGUUCAGUCGUUUGUCUGCGUGGAUCCGGUGGGGGCAAAAUUGUGA